AUGGCCACGAACGUUGUGAAUGCGCUGUUUGGGUCCUACGACCUGCGCAAUGCCAAGCAAUGGCGGGACGAAGACAUGGCCCAUCGCGAGCAGGAGAUCCAGUGGCUCAAUGACGACAUCGUGCGCGCUCAUCAAUGGCGCGUUGCCGACAUGGAGCGAUUCCUUCGACGGGAGAAGAUGCAGAGCGAACAUUUGGUCUGUGAAGCUCGCGCGGAUCAGCUCUCGACCGUCUCGGAACAAUCGGCGCUGCUCUGUGGCUUCAUCGUCAGUGCCAUGUGCAACGUCGGCAUCCCCGAGGACGUCCACGCCUACGUCUUGUACUUGUACACCAUCUCGGGCACUUCUGUCUGUGUCGCAAUGCUCAUUUGUGCCGUCAUGUGCACCAACUUGUUGCUCGCUGUCACGCGGUAUGCUGCUCAUACGCUGGAAGAUAGUGUCCGGUCGAUGGACAUGAGCGAACUGGAAUCCGAGUCGCCCUUCAGUUCGUGGUGGCUCCGGCGCUGUGAAAAGGAGCAGAUGACUGCUUACAAGUUCCUGCUCUUUGGCGUCGCUUUCUUCUUCCUCUACUUGGGCGCUGUCUCGUGGGUCCAGUUCUACAUGUCCACGGGCACGUCAAUCAGCAUCUCGUCCCUCUCGUUCGUGGGCUUUCUCAUCUGGCAGCUACGCAUUGCAAGCAAAUGGAGGUACCUCUUGACUCCGCCUUCAUCGCGGAAUGCUGCGCGGGGCAUGGCGUCCAGCACGCAACUGUCGGUAUUGUCCGAUUCGUACCUGUCCUUGUCGAAAACGCCACGAACAGUGAGGAAGUCCGUGCCCGACUUUGGUUCAGAACUACCAGGUUCGACGUCAGGCUUCACGUAG